AUGGUGCGCAGGUUCCUGGUGACCGUCCGGAUCCGCCGUGGGGGUGGCCCGCCACGCGUGAGAUCGUUUGUAGUGCACAUUGUGGGGUCCCCGUGGGAGUGGGGGGAGGCGAGGCAGCGCGCCCUGGACCUCGUGCUGUGUCUGCUGAGGAGCGUGUGGAGGAGGCAGCCGCCGCAUCCUAGAAGACCAGGUUUUCGCCCUCAGCUUAACAAAUACCUGCCCCCGGGGUCCCCGCCGUCCUCGCUUUUUUCUGGAAGCUGCCUUUUCCCUCGCCGCAUCCAGAUCCCGCGGAGAAACGCGGGAGGGUGGGGACUCCUGCAGGUUUGA